CACUCUCACUCUCACUCUCACUCAAUCCACGGCAAAAGCCCUGUAGCUCGUGCCAAAGAAAUUGCAACUUCUUCAUUGGAUACCCCGCUCGAUCAAAUCACAUACCUAAUCCAAAAAAUGGUUCUUUAGAAGUGUUUUUGGAGCUCGAAACUUGUCAAUUUCAGCACCAAUGGCUGCGAUUCGAGUGUGUUUGUUGACUUUGAUCUUGACUACUCUGUGCGCUGAAUCGAAGUACAUGAUCUACAAUACUUCACAAGGUAUUGUUAGUGAUAAGCUCAAUGUUCAUUUGGUUGCUCAUACGCACGACGAUGUUGGAUGGUUAAAGACUGUUGAUCAGUACUAUGUUGGCUCCAAGAACUCCAUCCAGGGGGCGUGUGUUCAAAAUGUAUUGGAUUCAUUAGUUCCAGCACUGUUGGCUGAUAAAAAUCGGAAAUUCAUUUACGUUGAACAGGCAUUUUUCCAGCUUUGGUGGACGGAUCAGAGCGAGGCAGUCCAGAGUACAGUCAAGCAGCUUGUCAGCUCGGGUCAACUAGAGUUCAUAAAUGGGGGUAUGUGCAUGCAUGAUGAGGCAGCUCCACAUUAUAUCGACAUGAUAGAUCAGACAACACUUGGGCACCGAUUUAUCAAAGAGGAGUUUGAUGUGACUCCGAGAAUUGGUUGGCAAAUCGAUCCCUUUGGACAUUCAGCAGUGCAGGCUUACCUUCUGGGGGCUGAGGUUGGAUUUGACUCUCUUUUUUUUGGGCGUAUUGACUACCAAGAUAGAGCUAAGCGGAAAAAUGAGAAGAGUCUUGAGGUUGUGUGGCGGGGCUCCAAGAGUCUUGGUUCAUCUGCACAGAUUUUUGCUGGUGCAUUUCCUAAGAAUUAUGAACCUCCAGAAGGUUUCUACUUUGAAAUUAACGAUGAUUCUCCCAUUGUUCAGGAUAAUAUCAAAUUGUUUGAUUACAAUGUCCAAGAGCGUGUCAACGAUUUUGUAGCUGCUGCUUUAUCACAGGCUAACAUAACCCGUACAAAUCAUAUAAUGUGGACCAUGGGCACGGAUUUCAAGUAUCAAUAUGCUCAGACAUGGUUCCGGAAUUUGGACAAGCUAAUUCAUUAUGUCAAUCAAGAUGGGCGUGUCAAUGCACUGUACUCGACCCCAUCAAUUUACACCGAUGCAAAAUAUAGAGAAAAUGAAUCCUGGCCCCUUAAGACGGAUGACUUCUUCCCAUACGCCGACCGUGUAAAUGCUUACUGGACAGGAUAUUUUACAAGCAGGCCUUCUCUGAAACGCUACGUGAGAGUGAUGAGUGGAUAUUAUUUGCUUGCAAGGCAAUUGGAAUUUUUUAGAGGGAGGAAUAAAAUAGGACCCACUACAGACACUUUAGCUGAUGCUUUGGCAAUUGCUCAACAUCAUGAUGCAGUUAGUGGCACCGAAAAGCAGCAUGUGGCUGACUCGACCCCAUCAAUUUACACCGAUGCAAAAUAUAGAGAAAAUGAAUCCUGGCCCCUUAAGACGGAUGACUUCUUCCCAUACGCCGACCGUGUAAAUGCUUACUGGACAGGAUAUUUUACAAGCAGGCCUUCUCUGAAACGCUAUGUGAGAGUGAUGAGUGGAUAUUAUUUGCUUGCAAGGCAAUUGGAAUUUUUUAGAGGGAGGAAUAAAAUAGGACCCACUACAGACACUUUAGCUGAUGCUUUGGCAAUUGCUCAACAUCAUGAUGCAGUUACUGGCACCGAAAAGCAGCAUGUGGCUGAUGAUUACGCGACACGGUUGUCAAUAGGCUACAAGGAGUCUGAGGAGUUAGUUGCAGCUUCACUUGCUUGUAUGGUAGAAUCAACAUCUAAAUCUGGAUGCAGGAGUCCAUUGACUAAAUUUCAACAGUGCCCGCUUCUGAAUAUAAGUUAUUGUCCUGCAACAGAAAUAGAUCUCUCUCUUGGAAAAAAAUUGGUUGUUGUUGUCUACAAUUCCCUGGGGUGGAAAAGAGAUGAUGUUGUAAGAAUUCCUGUGAUCAAUGGGAAUGUCACAGUUCAGGAUUCUAAUGGAACAGAAAUUGAAUCACAGCUUCUACCACUUGCUAAUGCUUCUCUAGGCAUAAGAAACUACUAUGCUACUGCAUAUGUGGGUAAAUCUCCAAGUACAACCCCCAGAUAUUGGCUUGCAUUUACAGCAUCUGUUCCACCUCUUGGUUUCAGCACUUAUGUCAUCUCAACUGCUGAACGGGCAGCCCCUACUUUAGCAAUGGAAAUGUCAUACGAGUCCAUGGGAAGCCAGAAUGACACUAUAGCAGUAGGGCCAGGAAAUUUGAAGCUUACAUAUUCUGCUAAUGAAGGAACACUUACUCAAUAUGUUAAUACCAGAAGUUUGGUCAAAGAAUCUAUUGAGCAAUCAUACAGCUAUUAUUCUGCACAUGACGGAAGUCAGGAUCCUGAAUAUUUCCAGGCCUCUGGAGCAUACAUCUUUCGUCCAAAUGGUAUAUUCCCCUUGACAUCUGAAGGGCAGAUUCCACUUACAGUGGUGCGAGGACCACUAUUAGACGAAGUUCAUCAGAGGAUUAAUUCAUGGAUAUAUCAGAUCACUAGAGUGUACAAGGAAAAGGAGCAUGCUGAAGUUGAAUUCACUGUUGGUCCCAUACCUAUUGAUGAUGGAGUUGGAAAAGAGAUUGUAACCAAGGUUACAACAGCCCUGAAAAGUAAUAAGACAUUUUAUACAGAUUCCAAUGGACGUGAUUUCAUUGAAAGGAUUCGAGACUAUAGAGCUGACUGGGACCUUGAAGUGAAUCAACCAGUUGCAGGAAAUUAUUACCCUAUUAAUCUUGGAAUCUACAUGAAAGAUGACAGCAAAGAGUUCUCAAUCUUGGUUGAUAGAUCUGUGGGUGGAUCCAGCAUUGUGGAUGGGCAACUGGAGUUGAUGCUCCAUAGGAGAUUGCUUCAUGACGAUUCUAGAGGCGUUGCAGAGGCAUUAAAUGAAAUAGUUUGUGUUCGUGAUGAAUGCACUGGAUUAACAAUCCAAGGAAAGUAUUAUCUCAGAAUUGAUCCUCUGGGAGAAGGAGCUAAGUGGCGUCGGUCAUUUGGUCAGGAGAUAUAUUCUCCAUUUCUGUUGGCUUUCACCGAGCAGGACAGAGAUAAAUGGACAAACUUUCCAGUACCAAGUUUUUCUCGGAUGGACCCCUCCUACAGUCUACCUGAUAAUAUUGCCGUGAUAACCCUCGAGGAGCUUGAAGAUGGAAAGGUUCUCCUUCGGUUGGCGCACUUGUAUGAGAUUGGAGAGGACAAGGAUCUCUCAGUUACAUCAGUUGUAGAAUUGAAAAAAUUGUUUCCGGAUAAGAAGAUAAACAAAAUUACAGAAAUGAGUUUAUCAGCCAAUCAAGAAAGAGAAGAAAUGAUCAAUAAAAGAUUGGUAUGGAAAGUAGAAGGCUCUCCCGAUGAAGACUUCAAAGUGUUGAGGGGAGGUCCUGUUGAUCCUGUAAAGCAGGUGGUGGAGCUUGCUCCAAUGGAAAUCCGCACCUUCAUUAUCGACUUCACUUCAUUGUCGGCUUCAAUAAGAAACAUUGCAAUUCUGUGAGGUAAGUUGCGUUCGAAUCAUUUGCAUUGCUGAUUGAAGACUAAUUCUUUCCCGAAAUACCAAAUGGCUUCCUGCCCGUUGAAGUUGCUUGAAACAGCUCGAAUUAUUGCCCUUUCUUGUAGCCCUCUGUUGUAAGUUGUAAAAGGGAAUCAUGACCACAUCAUUGUUAUGGGCGUUCUGCAACCCUUGCCUCUUCCCCUGAAAUCUUGUCUCUCUUUUCAUCUGUAUUAUUGGGAGGAAAACAGUAAUCAGAAACGCUAGGUGAAUAAUGUUUAAAGAAAUGAGAUUGCUUUGGAUUGAUCAGUUAGUUGGGUCUUGUUAUCGGAUUUCAUCUGAGUACUAGUUUCUGUUUUUGCAAAGGUGCCUCUUCUGACUAGGUGCUUGCUCAAGAAUGUGAAAGUUGACUAUGGCUCUGUUUGGUGCAGUUUCUUGAGCCACUUAUAACUUA